AUGGGCAAGGAACAUGAGUACGGAAUAUGGCCUGGUUCUGCAGGGAGGGGCCAGGAUGAGGUGGUUGUGCCGACGUCGGGGGGCAGGUACGACGUGCACCUGCGGACGCGGAGGCGCGUGGCCGUGUACUGGGAGGAGGAGGUGUCCGAGGUGCGCCGCUGCACCUGGUUCUACAAGGGCGACAAGGACAAUAAGUAUAUUCCCUACUCWGAGUCCUUCAGCGAGGAACUGGAGGAAGCUUACAUGAUUGCUGUGACCCUGGAUGAGUGGAAGAAGAAGCUGGAGUCCCCCAACAGAGAAGUCAUUAUCCUGCACAACCCAAAGCUGAUGGUUCACUACCACCCCGUUGGCAGCUCUGACGAUUGGGUCUCCACGCCCACGGAGCAGGGCCGGCCCCGCACGGUGAAGAGAGGAGUGGAGAACAUCGCUGUGGAGAUCCCCAGUGGAGAGCCACUGCAGAUCGACCAUCUCGUGUUYGUGGUGCACGGCAUCGGCCCCGCCUGCGACAUCCGCUUCAGGAGCAUCGUGCAGUGCGUGAAUGAUUUCAGGAACGUGUCCCUCAGCAUGCUGCAGGCWCACUUCAAGAAGGCCCAGGAGCAGCAGCAGGUGGGGCGGGUGGAGUUCCUGCCCGUGAACUGGCACAGCUCCCUGCACUCCACUGGCGUGGAUGUUGACCUGGAGCGGAUCACCCUGCCCAGCAUCAACCGCCUGCGUCACUUCAUCAACGACACCAUCCUGGACGUGUUCUUCUACAACAGCCCCACCUAUUGCCAGACCAUCGUGGACACGGUGGCCUCGGAGAUGAACCGCCUGCACCGGCUGUUUCUGCAGAGAAACCCGCACUUCAGGGGCGGGGUGUCCAUCGCAGGGCACAGCCUGGGGUCWCUCAUUUUAUUUGAUCUCCUGACAAACCAGAAGGCAGAUCCCGAGGGGGAGGAKGAGCACCGUGCACAGGAGUCCAUGUCAACCUCGAGURCUGGGGGUAUUGAGGAAGUCAAAGAAAUCCUGAAGGAGCUGGAGCUGUCUGAGUAUUGUGAUGUUUUUGAAAAGGAGAAGAUGGACAGGCAAGCUCUGUUCUUGUGCACAGAGAAAAACCUUCAAGAAAUGGGAAUUCCCUUAGGACCAAGAAUGAAAAUACUCCAUUACAUCAGCGCCAGGACUGAGAUGAAGGAUCAGAGUUCAGCAGUUCCUGGGCACAGGUUGGGGUCCCCAUCCCAGCCCGGGCACAGCACAGACAAUGGUGGCAGUUGUCAGUACCGGGAUGUUGGCUUAGGACAGGUCUCAGCAAACUACCCCCAGCUGAACUACAAGCCCACCAUCUUCUUUGCCUUYGGCUCUCCCAUCGGGAUGUUCCUGACGGUGCGAGGAGUGAAGCGCAUCGACCCCAGCUACAGCCUGCCCACCUGCAAGGGCUUCUUCAACAUCUUCCACCCCUUUGACCCGGUGGCGUAUCGGAUCGAGCCCAUGAUCGUCCCAGACCUGGAGUUCGAGCCCAUGCUGCUGCCCCACCACAAGGGCAGGAAGAGGAUGCACCUUGAGCUGAAGGAGGGGCUGACCCGCAUGAGUGUGGAUCUGAAGAACAACCUGCUGGGCUCGCUGCGGGUGGCCUGGCAGUCCUUCACCCGCGCCCCCGUGCCCGCCCUGGAGGCAGCGAGCAGCGAGGCCGAGCCAGAGGCAGAGGGGAGCACGGAGAGGCUGCCAGACACAAAGCCCGAGGAGCCCCCGGCAGCAGCGAAGGAAGAGCCCCCUCCCAUCAACGUGGGGAGGCUGAACGGGGGGAACCGCAUCGACUACGUGCUGCAGGAGAAGCCAAUAGAGAGCUUCAACGAGUAUUUGUUUGCACUCCAGGGGCAUCUCUGCUAUUGGGAGUCGGAGGACACAGUUCUGCUGGUUCUGAAGGAGAUCUACCAGACAAAAGGCAUCACGUUGGAUCAACCUCURCCAGGAAGCCAAUGACCAACCUGUGCUGUUCUGGCCAUCCAAUUCCACUGAGCACUCACCAGGAAAGUCCAGAUCUCUUCUCUGCCUUCCUCUCUCCUCUGCUGCCAUGUCCUGCAUGCUGCUUCCCAAGAACUUGCUGCUACCUGGAGAUGAGGAUGGAUUUUCUUCCAUUUUGGGUAAGGGUGGGGGUAAAAACUGUCAAGGGAAAACACUUCUCAAACACACAYAGCACUGUCCAGUGACUUCCUGUGGCAAUGUGUACUUUUAACCCUGGACCCUGUGAGUCCCAGAGCAGCUCCAGCCCUGCAGCAGAAGAGCUGAACCCACUGAGAUCCCAGCUCGGUGAGGACACUCAGAGCUUGGCACCUUGAGGAGAAAAAGCCUUAAACACCARCGUGGAGAGAGCUCCAGCAGCCUUGAGGAGAGGGACAUUGCUGAGUGCUGGCACAAAGCAGGACUGCGGGGAGGGGAAGUGCAGGGCACGGCUGCUGCUGAGGCUGCGGGGUCACAUUGAGCAUCCCCCUGCUGUCCCUUACACUGAGUGACAUCCAGCAGUCCCCUCGUGUCCCUCACAUUGCUGCUGUGUGUUUGUGCAGCCCUGGGCUGUGCCAGGCAGUGCUGCCCCAYUGAGCACCCUGUGAGUGACCCGUUUGUGCUCCUCCCUGCUGUGGUGACCCCUUGGCACCCUUGCCCAGCCCACACCCCAAACCAAGGCCCUCCCCUGGCACUCCCCAGGCCAGUGCCCAGCUGUACCAGCUCCCAGGAAAGCCUCACACCCCACUCAGGCAGCCAGGGGACAGCAGCUGCUGGUGGCAGUGCCAGGGCAGUGYGUGCCCUCUGUGCCCUGCAGGGACACRGSUGCUGAUGGAGGUGUCACCCCUGCCACGCUCCAGUCCUUGUUUUUAGCUUUAAACACCAAAAUCAGAGUUGGAGCCCGGCUCCAGCAGGGUGUGGGCACUGCAGGAAUGGCAGCAGCUCUGCAGGAGCUCUGCUYUGUGACCCUCCCUGAGGUGGUUCUGUGCAGCCUCUGGAACAUCCAAACCACUUCCCCUCCUGCUGACUUUCACCCUGCAUGGGGAAAGGAGCCUUUCUGCCUCACAGCCUGUUGGUUUGCUUUUCCUCCCUUGUCUGUUAUUUGCACUAUUGGAAGGGUUUUGUUUGCAGCCUCCAUCCCUCCUCCCCUGGCAGGGAACAGAAAUUGUUCUCUGCCUGACUGCAGGAACUGCUGAGUCAGCACCUGAACUGCUGGCUCAGGUCUCCAACCAGAGUUGGAAAGGGACAGUCUUAACAUGGAUACUAAUGAUCAGCUUUUUAAGUUAUGCACUUUGUUAAAAAAAAAAAAAAGUUAAAUACAUUUUAAAUGUUAUUUAAUGUCUUUUCCAGUAAAAGCCAAAAUAAAUAAGUAGAUGACUGUAGUGUGUGCAUGUCU